AUGGUAAUAGUUGAGAUCAAAUCGAGCAACCCUCAGAGCUGCACCAGUGAUAGCAGCUGUGUAAUUCAAGUGGGGUAUGAUCUCACAAUGAAUGAAGAGGAGAUACCUAAUGUAAGCUCUGGUCAGAUCUUCCGAGUGCCAAGGCUACCGCCAUACUCCAAAGAUGAUUUAUACAGUCCACAUCUUGUUUCCAUUGGCCCUUUUCAUUACGGGAAGAAGGAGCUGCAAGGCAUGGAAAAGUCCAAAUCUGAGGCAGUUCGAAGGAUGCAAAAGAGGAUCCAGAGGAGUUUUCCACACGUUUCUAUGAAAUCAAUUGUUGAACAGCACAUACUGUUCAAGGAGAAGAAGAUAAGGUCUUUCUAUGGUGAAUAUAUUCCCCUUACUUCUACAGAACUAGCAUGGAUGGUCACCAGGGAUGCAUGUUUUGUUUAUGAAUUUAUUGUUAAUUAUGUAAAAGUUAACAGGAAUGCUCAGCAUUCAUAUGAAACCCAAGGAUGUCAAUUUGAGUAUGUUCAAUGUUUUUAUGAAGAGGAAGUGGGUGCAUUCAAGUGGAAAUAUGAUGGAGUGUUUGAUGCCGAUGUUCAAAAUCCCAUGAGAGAAAGACUAAUGACUGAUAUACUUCUAUUUGAAAACCAAAUACCUCUAUGGAUUUUGAAAGAUCUCCUUAAAUUCCAGAUGGGUUCUACUGAAGCUGCAAAACAAAAGGUAGAAAACUUAAUGAAUGUGCUGCUUUGGAGAGCGGCUAGACAUGAAGUUUUUAUGUGGAAACCCAGGGUUUCUUACAACAUGUAUUGUAAGAGUCAUGUUCUCGAAGUAGUCUACCGCUCAAUGGUGGGCAGCGAUUUUAGCUCCUUCGCCGAUGGUGAACUGCUAGAUUUGCCACCGCCGUCUCAAAAUCACAGGCAGGUCUGCGUUGAUUCAAUCAAAGCUAUUUGUGGACGUUUGUGUAAUCCUUCUUUGUUCUCUUCCUCCUCCAAUAGGAUCCCUUCCAACACUGUGGAUAUGGUGUACCUGAAGCUCCCAACAGCAUCGGAACUCGUGUGCGGAGGAGUGAAGAUCAAGGCAGUGCUCAUUAAAGAUAGAAAUAGGGCAGUCGGGCAAGAUUCAACAAGAUCGCUCGACUAUUCUUCAACAAGAUCGCUUGAAUAUUCUUCAGCCAUUCGAUCGAUAAGGUUUGAUGAGAAAACAUCAACAUUGUAUUUACCACAAUUCAAGGUAACGCUGGAGUUAUGUUCAGUCGUGCGUAGCGUCAUUGCCAUGGAAGUGGGCGUUAGAGGGUACGCUACGAAACCAAUAACUCAGUUUGCGUUGCUUAUUGAAGAGCUUAUAGACAACGAGGAGGAUGUUGCAGUGCUCAGAAACGCAGACGUGAUUAACAAUUUCAUUGGAGGCAACCAAAAACUGGCUAAUCUUUUCAAAUUGGGUAUAGGGAUGGCCCAUGUCAAGGGCUGCAAAGCAAUUGAUGACGUCAGAAUAGGGCUGCAUAAGUACACAAGAAGAAAAUACAAGAAACUUUGGAGUGAGUUCGUUAGUGCUUAUUUUUCCAAGCCAUGGCUGGUUGCUGGUUCCAUGGCUGCCGUGCUGCUAAUUGUAAUGACAGUGGCGCAAGUUUUGUGUCUGUUUUUCACUUGCAACCCCUAUUCCCAUUGA